CGCGCGGUCGGGAGGUGUAUUCCUUGAGAAGUUCCUGUACAUUUUGUCAUUGUUUCCUUAAAAAUAUUUGUUUAUUUUAUCACUGAAUUUGUGUCAACAAUGACUUAUGGGAUAACCAUUAUGUGGUAUGCCUAUAAUUAAUUGAUUAAAAGUAAUUCAGAUAAUACUCACACAAACCAUGGCGAAUUAUCAUAUGUCAGGAGCCGAAUAUCUCGCAUCUAUCUAUGGAACUGAGAAGGAUAAGGUGAAUUGCUCCUUCUACUUCAAAAUAGGUGCGUGUCGACAUGGGGACAAAUGUUCUAGAACACAUAUCAUGCCUUCUUUCUCACAAACAGUUUUACUGAAGAAUCUUUACCACAAUCCAAUGAUUGAUACCAGACAAGCAGAUGCCUUUGCUAAGGUUGGACAAAUGAACGAACAGGAGCAGCAGUAUUUUGAAGAAUUUUUUGAAGAAAUAUUUGUUGAAUUGGAAGAUAAAUUCGGUCCAAUUGAUGAGAUGAAUGUAUGCGAUAACAUCGGCGAGCACAUGAUUGGCAACGUUUACGUAAAAUUUGAAAAUGAAGAAGAUGCAGACAAAUGUGUCAAAGGACUUGAAAAUAGAUGGUUUAAUGGUUCACCCGUUUAUGCGGAACUCUCACCCGUGACAGAUUUUCGUGAGGCUUGUUGCCGGCAGUAUGAAUUGGGAGGUUGUAACAAAGGUGCUUUUUGCAACUUCAUGCAUUUGAAGCAAAUAUCACGUGAUUUGAGACGAAAGUUGUAUGGUUCUCGUGCAGAGUAUCGUGGCGGUGGUUAUUAUGGUGGUGGGAAUUGGCAUGAAGGUAGAGGAGGCGAUUACGGUAGUUAUUCUCGCCGUAGUGGAGGGUACGGUGGUGGUGGUGGUGGUAGCGGCGGUGGCAGACGACGCUCGCGAAGUCCUCGAUCAAGACAUCGAUACUAAUUGGAUGACAAUAACAUUAUGAAACUUUCUGUUUAGUAACUGUAUUAUUAAAAAUGUUUUUUUUUUUUGAAUUAUGUCGGUCUCUGGUAAACACAAUGUAUGGUCUCAUAUUUAUGUGACCAGUCGUUUUCCUUUUCUUACUUUUUAAUACAUUAUCAUGCUUUUUAAGAGCGGCUUGUAGAAUGGAUGUUGACUGAAUGAUUUGAAUAAAAUUUAUGAGCUUCUACAGUGUAUUGAGAAAAGGUACGGUUUAUAAUUUUUUGUAGAAUGGAUGCUGAGUGAAUGAUUUGAAUAAAAUGUAUGAAC